GGACAACGGAGAUGGACUGGGGCAGCAUAUCGACCCUCGUGCUGAACAAGUGUCCGAUAUUCAGCGGGAAGGACGAGCAGUGGCAGGAGUGGUCCUUCAUCUUCGAGGGCGUGCCUGGAAUGGCACAGCUAGAGAACGCCCUAGACUGGGCGAGCAGAGGUUACAUCGACAUGAAGUCCAAGCAGGUCUACUACCUGCUGGUCAAUAUUGUGCGCGGCAAAACUCUGACGUUUGUGCGAGGUUCGGAGACGCACGACGGAGUCGUGGCCUGGGAGAAGAUCAAGAGCGAGUGCCAGCCCGAC